GGCGCCCGCGGCUCCGCUCGGCCCCACCGCCGCCUCCUGCAGCGCCGGGCGCGGCCUCCCCAGCGCCCUGCCCGCGGCGGGGUCGGGCCCGGCAGGAAAACACCUUCCUGCAGUGAGAAUGGGGGAUACGAGAGACAUCUGCCCUCACUUGGAUUCCAUAGGAGAGGUGACCAGGGAUGAUCUGCUGCUCAAAUCUAAGGGAACUUGCCAGUCAUGUGGAGCUGUGGGACCAAAUCUCUGGGCUUGUCUUCAGAUUGGGUGUCCUUACGUUGGCUGUGGGGAGUCCUUUGCUGACCACAGCACCCUUCAUGCACAGGCCAAAGAGCACAACCUGACAGUGAAUCUGACCACGUUUCGUGUCUGGUGCUAUGCUUGUGAGAAGGAGGUGUUCCUGGACCAGAGGCUGGCAGUGCACACGCAGUCACCCUCGGAUUCUCCAUUGCCUGCUCACCCUUUGAAAGCUGUUCCAAUUGCAGUGGCUGAUGAAGGCGAAUCCGAAUCAGAGGAUGAUGACUUGAAACCAAGAGGCCUUACUGGAAUGAAAAAUCUUGGGAACUCCUGCUACAUGAAUGCAGCACUUCAGGCUCUCUCUAACUGCCCACCUCUCACACAGUUUUUUCUCGAAUGUGGUGGUCUGGUCCGUACAGAUAAGAAACCAGCACUGUGCAAAAGUUACCAGAAGCUGGUGUCUGAGGUUUGGCAUAAGAAACGGCCAAGUUAUGUUGUUCCAAGCAGUCUGUCCCAUGGAAUUAAACUCGUCAACCCCAUGUUCCGAGGCUAUGCACAGCAGGACACUCAGGAGUUCCUGCGCUGCCUGAUGGACCAGCUUCACGAAGAACUGAAGGAACCAAUUGUCGCAGAGACACGAGAUUUGGAUAUGGGUGACCAGGAUGACAAGCGCGAGGGAGACCGAAGUCCUUCGGAGGAUGAGUUCCUCUCCUGUGACUCAAGCAGUGACAGGGGUGAAGGAGAUGGUCAAAGCCGGACCACAGGGAGCAUGGCAGAGACAGAGUUGUUGAUCCAGGAUGAAGGAGGGAGAGGGAUCUCUGAAAAAGAGAGGAUGAAGGACAGAAAGUUCUCCUGUGGCCAUCGGCGCAGCAACUCGGAGCAGGUGGAUGAGGAUGCAGAUGUUGAUACCACUAUGAUGCCAGUGGAUGGCAGAGCCUCACCUGAGAUGCUCCCAGCUCCCCGUCCUGCCAGCCCAUGCAGGACACCUGAACCUGACAAUGACGCCUACGUGCGCUGCUCCUCACGCCCCUGCAGUCCGGUCCAUCACGAAAUGCACUCCAAGCUCUCCAGCAGUCCUCCUCGCUCCAGUCCUGCCAGGCUUGGGCCUUCCUAUGUACUCAAGAAAGCCCAGAUGCAGGCUUCUGGGAAAAAGAAGAAAGAACUUCGUUAUCGCAGUGUGAUCUCUGAUAUCUUUGAUGGCUCCAUCCUCAGCCUGGUGCAGUGCCUCACCUGUGACAGAGUUUCUACAACAGUGGAGACAUUCCAAGACCUGUCACUCCCAAUCCCAGGGAAGGAGGACCUGGCCAAGCUGCACUCUGCCAUCUACCAAACAGUGCCAGCUAAGACAGGGGCAUGUGGGGACAACUAUGCCUCGCAAGGCUGGAUUGCUUUCAUCAUGGAGUAUAUCCGGAGGUUUGUGGUGUCCUGUAUCCCUAGCUGGUUUUGGGGUCCUGUUGUGACACUGGAGGAUUGUCUUGCUGCCUUUUUUGCAGCGGAUGAGUUGAAAGGGGACAACAUGUACAGUUGUGAAAGGUGUAAAAAAUUGAGGAAUGGAGUAAAGUACUGCAAAGUCCUCCGGCUACCAGAGAUUCUCUGCAUCCACUUGAAACGGUUCCGGCAUGAGGUGAUGUAUUCCUUCAAGAUCAACAGUCAUGUCUCCUUCCCCUUGGAAGGGCUGGAUCUGCGGCCUUUCCUGGCCAAGGAGUGUGUCUCCCAGAUCACCACCUAUGAUCUACUGUCAGUCAUCUGCCAUCAUGGCACAGCAGGCAGUGGGCAUUACAUAGCCUACUGUCAGAACGUGAUCAAUGGGCAGUGGUACGAGUUUGAUGACCAGUAUGUCACUGAGGUCCAUGAGACUGUGGUACAGAAUGCAGAAGCCUAUGUCUUGUUCUACAGGAAAAGCAGUGAAGAGGCUGUGCGAGAGCGUCAGAAGGUUGUGUCCCUUGCCAGCAUGAAGGAGCACAGUUUACUCCAGUUCUACGUCUCUCGAGAGUGGCUCAACAAAUUCAACACCUUUGCUGAGCCUGGUCCCAUCACCAAUCACACCUUUCUGUGCUCUCAUGGAGGGAUCCCCCCUAAUAAAUACCAUUACAUUGAUGACCUGGUUGUGAUUCUGCCCCAGAAUGUGUGGGAAUAUCUCUACAACAGGUUUGGGGGUGGCCCUGCAGUGAACCAUCUGUAUGUGUGCUCUAUUUGCCAAGUGGAGAUUGAAGCACUUGCCAAACGCAGGAGAAUUGAGAUUGACACCUUCAUCAAGCUGAACAAGGCUUUUCUGGCAGAGGAGUCUCCAAGUGUCAUCUAUUGUAUCAGCAUGCAGUGGUUCCGUGAGUGGGAAGCCUUUGUCAGAGGGAAGGAUAACGAGCCUCCAGGACCAAUUGACAACAGCAAGAUUGCACUGACAAAAGCAGGUGGCCACAUGCAUGUUAAACAAGGUACUGAUUAUGGGCAGAUUUCCGAGGAGACGUGGAUUUAUUUAAGCACACUGUACGGAGGGGGCCCAGAGAUUGCUGUCAGACCGAAUGUGGCCCAGGUGCAAGAACUGGGUGACCUGCAUGGGGAGCAGAAGAUUGAAGCAGAGACCCGGGCUGUGUGAUCUGUGCAGGAUGGGGCAGGGAAGAGAUGUUAAUUAGCGCUGGCGAAGAACAAAUGAAAUGGUUAGAACAGCAGUCUGACCUUAGAUCUCUACAGAGCUGCUUCAAGUGAAAGCAUCACCAACCAUGAGCUGCACAGCUGCACGUCCUCGUGGCUCCUGGCUGAUGCUGCAUCCAGUGAACUGAGCUGACAGGUGAAGUCAGAAAGUUUAAAACAACAACAGGAAAAAAAAAAAACAACCAACCAAAAACCCAACCCAUAAAACCACACCACCUUUUUGUUAGCCGGGAAGUUUGAUAAAACAGCAUCUCAAAGAGACAGUGUGUCUCAGAGCCCCAUUAGCACUCCAAACACCUGCAAAUUCCAGUAUCCAAGAAAUAAGUACCAUCAGAAUGCCAUCAUUCUGAAUACAGCAGGCUAGAACUGGUAUCUGGCUGAAGCAGUGGGUCACAGAGAAGGCCCUUCUCAGCUGGAAAUGGCUGUGGAAAGGCAGAAAGGUCACUGCGGAGCCGUGGGCCCAACACCUCACUGUAUCAGAACCCCCAGCAGACAUUGCCUUUUUUAUAGGGAAAGAAAAGGAACAAAACCAUUUUUCUUUGUCCCUGGAAGAUGAAAGGGGUGCAGUGAAACCGUGCUUCUGGAAUUAAAGGUUUAUUUAAAUACGUGGAUGACUUUCCUUUCAUUGUUACAAGGUUAAUAUUCGCUUUCAAAUGGAAGCACUUUAUUUGGUUGAAUUCUGUCUCCAGAAACGAAUGGGCAACACCAGAACUUUUUACAUUGGCAAUGAAAUCACAACACUGAGAUGCCACCAAAAUCUAGAGAUCAGUGCUCAAACACACAUACACACACAUACAAAUAAAAAAGUGCUCGACGUCAUCAUGUUAAAAUAGAAUUUGGCUUCUUUUAGGUCUUUUGACACUUCAGGCAGGAAAAAAUAACAGACAAUAUGCAUCAAACUAAAUGAACUUCUGAAAAAUACUCAGCAUUAAACACAACUUUCAGUAUCAGUAAAUACGUUUCUUCUCUAUUUACAGAUGUUAAGAAAGGGCAUUAGAGACUUGCUGGGGACAGCAGGGUUUUGCAGGCUGUGCAGUCCCCGCUUCUGAGCAGGAGAAGUUCAAGCAGAGUUUUUAUAAACCAGUGCACAUAUUCAGUCCUUCUGCUUUUGUAUAAGGUAAACUCGACCAAAGUUACCCCUUCUUUACCCUGAACGAAGGCAGCAGAAUAGAGAUUGUAGGCUACAACACACACGACCGUCCAUUGUUUUUCUUGUGGUCACUUUGCAGACCCAGGCAUCAAGGAGCUGCUCACCAAGCUCAUAAAAACUCCAUCCGUGGCCUUUCCAUAAAACUCUUUCAAAGACAAGCAGGCACCUAAAGCUAAUGCUCCUUCCACAGCGCUACUGAGCGACACAGACGUUGCAGCUGCUCCAAUGCUCCACAGAGGCUGACAAUAAUAUACUGUCCACCCAGAUUAAAUAUAUAAAAGCAAACUUCUCUCUAAGUUUGACAUAGAUGGCACAAUAACAGGUGAAAACGAACUCCUCUCGCUGCUGAUUCAACAGUGCAUCGGACACGAGGAUAAAACACUGCAGCUACAGUAUUCUAUGGCCAUUCUUGCACACCUGUUGGCUGCUUCACCACUCGGACCCCCAGAGGUGAUGCUGGCUGCUUGCAUGGCUCUGUCGCACAUCUGCACAAAGCCACGGGCACUGCUGCUCUCAGAGGCUCUCAGACCUGGAGGUUAUGUGAUCCCAGCAGCAGGGAUGAAGAUGGCAGUUCCAGUGGAGAGGGCCCUUCUGGCUCCAGUAGCACUGCGCUGAGGUGUCAGCCCUGCCCGCAGCGCAGGCUCCACUUUGGUCAGAUUGAAACGUAAGCUGUUGCUGGUUGAUGCUUGCAGGCUGUAAGCACUGCAGUACCAGCUGAAGGACUGAGGGGUUUCUGCUAUGGAAAUUAGAAGUGGCUAUCUCAAAUGGAAAGGGACAAAGUUCUGAAGACAACAUUAACUCAAAAAUGACUUCAUCCUGAGUGGAGAAGACUGAGGCAAACCCCAGCACGGGGAACACAUGAUUCUGGGACACGUUUCUGCAUGCUGACCCCACACAGAAGCACAGCAGGCAGCAGAAAACCACACACGUCUGCAAACUGCACCUGAGAGGUUUCAUUUCAGGGUCAUCAGCCACAGGAGCUCCCAUACAAAUUUUCCUCAAGUUCUGGGCAUUUUACAAGAGAUGCUGAAGUUCCCUAGCAGCAAGCAGACUCCCCCAAACGAUGGGUUGGUUUAAGGAUAAGUAAGGCUCUCGGGAGCUAUGUGGAGCAAACAACUCAUACAGGGCUUCACCACCUACAGGAUUACUGUGACAACUUAGCAACAGUAAAGAUCAAGGGAAACCAAUGCAUUGGUAGUACAGAGAUCUAGAAAGCAACUGACCCCUUUGUUAGGCAGCUUAGGUCAUGCAGCAUAUUUGGAGAUAGAUGCAUGACGUGACACAGCGCAGCAUCGCUUCUGCUUCAGAUAAAACCACGUGAGAACAGGAUGGCUGAGGGCUGGCUUCUGGGCCAAGGUCCAGUCCAUGACAACGUGGGAGAACGAAAUAGAGUGCAGUUUUCUUUUUUUCUUUUCUCUUUUAUUUUUUUUUUUCUAAAAAAAUUCUGUUAUUCAAACAUUAACUGAUGAGAACGCACAAGAGGUCAUGCAAAAGAAGAAGGUAGGUCUGAAACGCUGAAAAACAAACCAACAAAAGAAAACUGCAAAGACAUUAACAACGAGCCACAAAAUAAUGUGGCCCUCGGGAAGGUGGGCGCAGGCAAGGCAACAGGGCGAGCAUGCAGACUGAAACAAGAGCAAAAUGGAGGCCUUUGUGACGAGCAGAACGGGGCUUCAGACCAAAACGCCGGUGUUUGUGUGUGUCUGUGUGUGUGUGAGGGACAGGAGGAAGAAAGGAGGGGGCAAU